AGACGAGAAUGUCAGAAUCAGAAUCAGAAUCGAGGAAAUUGGGUUCGGAAGAGAUAUCACGCGAGUUCAAAACCCUAGUUAGCUCCGAUGACCUAAAUUCCCUCAAUCACAUGCAGAACACCAUAUUGGGAAGGUUGCAAGAUAGCAAUGCGGUAUUGUCACAUUUCAAUGACUUCUCUCAGCAUUGCUAUGCUGAGAUUUCUGGCGACAUCGCUCGAAACACUUGUGUCGUGAAAUCUGUCAAAUCUGACCUUGAUUAUAUCUUUCAGAAACUCAGAAGUAUGAAGUCAAAAAUCAUGUCAACCUAUCCUGACGCCUUUCCUGAAGACUCAGCUAGAGAAGUGAUUGAUAGGAGACCAGAUCUGGAACUGCCCAAGUAACUACUGCUGUUAUUGAAACACAUGAGAAC